ACAUACCCGGUUUGGUUAUAUUUAUAAAAAAAGUAAAGAAUUAUUUCUAAUGCUGUGUUCUGUUCAAAUACAAAACAACAUAAUUUUGAGAUCUAAAAAAAUUCAGCAAUAAGUUAAUAUGAAAGUUAUUAUACCUGACGAUAUUAAAUCGUCCGUCAAAAGUUAUUUAGAAGAACUUGAAUGCUGCAAACGAUGCGUUUUAAGAUACCUAGGAUAUUCAAUAUAUGAUGAAGCUGAAGGAAUUAAUGCUGAAGAACAAAAUGGUGUUACUGAAAACACUGACAAUCCAGCUAAAAAAAUGAAAGCAAACCCGUGUAGGGUCUGUUUGGAUAUUUUGAGUGAACAAUCAAUGGAGAAUUAUUUAACUACAUUUCCUUCAGACUUUGAAGACUAUAAAAUUCCUAGUGUAACAACAUGUGUAGCAUUUCCUACUUCUGUGAUUCUCAGGGAGCACAAUUUAGAAGAUUUAAAGAGAAUUUUUAAAACAACAUCAUCAACAUUGAUAAGCCAAAAAAUUAACAAAGUUCAUUCUCCUAGUGCAGAUUUUCAAGUUAAUAUAAAUAUAAAAUAUGAAGAUGACACUAAGGAAACAGAAGGAUUUAUUAAAACACAUCCAAAAGUAUCUGCCAAAUUAAAUUUGCCUGGCUUUCUUAAGACAUACAAGGACGACAAGUUCAAAGAUGUUUUUCCAGUGCCUCCCGAAAUUCCGAACAAAUCCGUUUCGGCAGAAAUAAGCUAUUCGACGAAUCCCGUAUAUUUAGGAGGUAGAUAUUUGAAAUUUUCGCGGGAAAUGGGGCAAACGCCUUUCAUCGUCAAUAAUGUAGCUGUGACGGAAUCCAGCGUCCAAGAAACUAUAUUUCCUGCAAUAAGUGAAGUAUUGGGAUAUUCAGCUAAAGGUUUGCCUGAAAACCCAAGAUGUGUCCAUAAAAAAGUUCUUGAAAUGCAAUUUAUUUACUAUGAGGGAUUUGCAAUUCGUUUAUAA